AUGCAACUCACAUCCUCGCCUUAUAAUUAUAAACUGAAGGAUGGUCAGCAGUUCAGUUCAGCGGUAAAGGCAAAUGCAAAAUUUUAAGACUAGAAUUACGAUGAAGGGAAUGCUAAAGUUGUUUUAUAAUUUAAAUAAGUUAACACGAUUACAUAAAUCCGCAAGAAUAGUAAUAAUAAGAAAGGUAGUGAAGUUCACAAACCGUAUCAAGAUAUUGAUGAAUUUGAGGGAGAAAGAAAUCUUGGAAAUUUUAAGAAAAAAGAAUCAUAAGAACACAACGAUGAAAUUACUACUGAAAAAACAAGAUUCAUGAAUAUACUUGAUGGACAAAGACAUCCCAGCUUUUCUUAAAAUUAGAAUCACACUAACACAUUAAAUGAAAAUAGUAUUUAAAAAAAUCGUUUAAAAACUGAUCAGCUUAAUGAAACUCAUUUGAAUUUCUAGCAUUUGAAUACUCCAAAAAGCAACUAAUACUAAAGCAGUAAUAAUUCUAAUGUUCCUUCAUAAAUUAAUUCUCAUUAUGGUUCAUAGCAAGCUUUUCCAGAUAUUGAUUGCUAAUAGUAAAAUCAUAACAACUGUAAGAAUUGCAUCUACUCAAAUAAUUAGAGCUAGUAAUCUCUUUAAUAAGUCGAUACGCUAUAGGAAAUUGAGAGGAGACCUACAAAUGCCAAGCAUAUUAGAAGCAAUUAAACUUUUACCACUCUCACUACAGCUUAAAAUACUUAUCCUUUAUCUUAACAAGGUCAUUAGCGCGCCCCUUCAAUCUCUUCAGUGAGCAAGACUAGCUAAGAUCACUUUAUUAUGAAUUUUUACACAGCUAAUCUACAACACUUGAGCAAUCAAUAAAAUAAUUUAAGCACUAACAAUAAUUGUUAAAGCAAUUAAUAGAUCAAUUUACCAUCUAGGAACCUCAGCUUCUAAAACUAAACUAACUACGAAUCAGAGCUUGAUCAUGAAAUGAAAUAAAUGAAUUAGACUUCGCACAAUAACUUGGAUAUCAAUAAAUCUUCAAUGAAUUUAAUUCAAUCAGACAGGUAUGAAAAAACAUAAGUGAACAAUGAUUAGGAUAAAAAUUCUUCAGAUAUUAUAUAAAAUUAGAAUAUUAAUUAUGAUUAGUAAUAAUACUACCUAAAUUCUGACUCAAGUCGUUGCAAUUAUUAAUUUAACUAAUAUCCACACUAAGAAUCGCCUCUUCCAAAUAACAAAUUGCCAAUCAACUAUUUUAAGAACAAAAAUAUUGGAUUGAAUACUAGAAACAAUAGUUUUUCUGAAUAAUAAAGACCAGAAUAAAAGAAAAAACAAAAAAAUAAUUCAAUGAAGGAUUUAUAAAUUGAUGAAGCUUCACCUUAGCAAAAAGAAAAAGGUAUAAAAUAAGAUUAAUAAGAAGUAGAAAAUAAUGAUAAUUUGAAUGUAAGCUUUAGUAAUCUGAUGAAUGAUAGAGUAUUUAGCAAUUAAUUAAAAAAUUAGACCAAUUCUAAUUAAAGCCCUCUUGAUUCUAAUAAAAAACUAUCUUAAUCUUAAGGUUUUUACCCUUAACAAUAAAACUAGAAAAAACUAUUUAAUACUAAUUUGAAUCCUCAAGAAAGCAGCAAUUAAACGCAUACAAAUAGCAAUAUGCUUAACUAGAGCAAGUUAAUGAAAGCUUUUAAUGAGUUCGAUAUUAAGUCAGCCCGCUCAUAUGUAAACCUUGAAACAAAUAAUAACUAAGAAGAGCAUCAUCAUCAUAAUCUUCCUCAUCCUCCUCAUUGCAGUAACUUUGAAAAAAGCUAGUUCAAUAAACAAAACAUGGAUAGUAUCAACUAAAAGCAGCUUUAAAUCUAACCUAGAGGAGAUAUGUAAACAAACAUCAUCCUAAAAAUUUAGGAGAACAUUCAAACUAACUAAGCAUUGAGAUCAAAUAGAGCAACUAAUGCCAAAGAUAUUGAGUCUAAAAAUAAAGAAUACACAAAUUCCUUCUGCUGCUAUCCAUCAUAGGGAGAAACGAAACACGAUCUUGAAAAGAACAGCAGCAACAAUAGCAAUAAUAAAUAUUUAUUUGAUAACGACGCUGUUAUAAAUGAGAAAAACAAAAAAAAUCCAAACAAACAUAAAUAAAAAUGUAGCUUUUAAGAAAUGAAAGAGAAAUGCUAAAAAGCACUGAAUCAAAUAAAUUAAAUCGAUAUAGCCAAUUCACAUAAAGAGAUCCCAUAAAUUCUUUAAGAAUACAUGAAAUAUGAUGACUUUAUAAAAUUCCUAAUUAAUGAAGCACAACAACCGCUCUAUAAUUCGGAAAUCGAUUUUAAAGUUCAAUUUCAAUUUAAUAGCGACUCGUUCAUCAAAAAUGUUUCUAGAGAAAAAGUGAAGUUAGAUAUAUUUAUUUCUUCAUUUGUUUUUCCUAAAUAGCCUUGA